CAAACUCUGAAGAAACAACUCUCAACAUAAUCAUUGUCAGCAAAAACCUUAUGGAAAAAUUCAGUUUACCACAUGAACAGAUUUAUUAUCUUUUUAUCGACUAACUAGCCUUCAAUAAUUCAUUUCUAAUACAAUGCAGGAAGUGCAUGGGACGUUGCGAAAAUUUAUUAAGUGCAUGUGGAGUUCUAAAAACUAUAAACUAUACAAUAAUAGUAGGAUUAAAAACCAUCCAACUUCAAUUUAUUUUGCAUUAGAGAUUGAAUACCAUGAUUAAUUAAUUUUAAAUUUAACUAACCUUGCCCUUGCCGCAGUCAAGGUAUAUCUACCUUUUCUAAAAGGAGAAUACCAUCAUCUGUGGACCCAUGGCACACAUACAUAUAAUUAGCGGAUUAUUUUUGCGUAACCUUAUUGAUUAAAAAUCAAGAAUAUCUAGAUUUGUUUUUUUUGGAAAAGGUCGAAAAACUACAACUAUAAAUGCAGUCUUCUAAAAAUUGGUUCAUCUUCCUUAAUAAUAAUUGUAGAAAAUAAUGAAUAUUAAUUCAAUUAUGCAGCCCAUACAAAAGUCACGAUAACGUAGGAACGUGUCAAAUAUUCACCAAGUUUUUAAUUUUAGUACCCAUUAGUUUACUUACAAAGCAUGACGCAAAAAAGUAUAAUUUUUAUAUCUUUUCAUGUCUCCCUUGUAAUUAUUAUCAUCUCAAUUUUUUGAUUUGGGACACUUAAAAUGAUAAUAAGUAACAAUAAUAUAGACUCGGGCACAGUGAUAAGUCUGCAAGACAUUUUCCUUGAAAAUAAUUAAGUGUUGCUUAAUUUUCACCAAAAUAUAAAAGGGGAGAUGGAAAAAUAUAUAGUUACAAAAUUGUGAUUGUGUGAUUUAAAUAUCUCAGUUUUAACAACAAUUCAAAAUGUAUUAAGAUAACAUUGUUUGGUUAAAAAUAAAUACCCAAAGUGUAUGUUUGUUUUCGUACUAAUAGUGCUCGGUCGCAAUUCUAAAUUAACACACAAUAAAUCGGUUUAAAUUUCUGAAUGUUGAUUACCUAUAUUUUUUAUUAUUAUGUAAAAGUGUACAUUGACUGUAAAGUGUUAAAAUGAGUGCUGAAAAAGAUGCUGAGGCUGCUUUUGUUGAGGAAAAACGUGUGGAAAUUGCCUCAAAAGAAGAAGAAAGUUUAGCUGUGCCAUGGAAGGAUUGCAUAAAACAGUUUUUAGCAUGUUGCAUUGCUCAUACUCUAGUAAUACAGCCUGGAAUAAAUAUGGCCUUUAGUGCAGUUCUACUGCCCCAACUUAAAGAAGAAAACAGUAACAUUGUUAUUGAUAAAGUAGCAGCAUCUUGGAUUGCCAGCAUUGUCACCAUAUCCACGCCUCUAGGAUCCUUGUGCAUAGGUCCAUUGAUGGACAAAUUCGGACGGAAAAGAAUCAGCAUCCUCACCACGAUUCCAUUUCUAUUAUCUUGGGGUCUUCACGCGUUUGCUUUCAACGUUUGGUGCAUUUACAUUGCCAGGAUAAUUGCAGGAUUUGGCGGAGGAUUAACAACAGUUGCAUUGGUUUAUGUGAGCGAAAUAUGCCAUCCGAAAUAUAGAGCCAUGCUGUUGUCUUUAAACAGCGUAUUUGUUACGCUAGGAAUAUUGAUAACCUGUGUUUUAGGUUUUUGGUUUGAUUGGCGAAUAAUGUCUAAAGUUUUCUUUUGCCUCGCCCUUGCCUCGGCCAUAGGAUUGUGCUGGAUACCGGAAAGUCCUUACUGGCUGACAGUUUUCAGAGAUGAUACUCUUGGAAGUGCCAUAUCACUUAAGUGGCUUUACAGCAACAAAUUGAUUGCCGAAAACGCUUAUAGAGGAGUCCUAGAAAGCAGAAGACUGGCCUCACCUGAUUCAACAGACGAAAACUCAGAAAAAUCAAAACUAUUACAAAUAAAACAAAAACUAAACAUCUACAAAGACCCAAUCGUUUGGAAGCCUCUUAUAAUUUUAAUUGUGCUGUUUCUAUUUCAACAACUGUCUGGAGCCUACGUCAUCAUUUUCUAUGCCGUGGACAUAUUCAGGGAAAUCAGCGGAAAAUCUGCUGACAAGCUGGAUGGUUUUGGGGCUCUGAUUAUUUUGGGGGGUAUCAGAUUUGUGGUUGCUAUAAUUUCGGCUGUUAUAUCCAGGAAGCUUGGCAGAAGGGUUCUAAUGUUUAUUUGUUGUAUAGGGAUGAUUUUUACUAGUUUAGGAUGUGGGUUUUAUUUGUAUUUUAAACAAAAUCAUGGCACUAUGUUUAAUGAAGAAGCCAUUAUUAUGGAACCAAUUCAGGAAAAAGAUAAUAUUGCUAUUGUCUUGGUAUUGGGCUAUGUUUGUUUUAGUUCCUUUGGAUAUUUAGUUAUUCCGUGGACUUUGAUUGGUGAGCUUUUGCCCGUAAAAGUUCGUGGAAAGCUCGGCGGAAUCCUCGUAUCAGUUGCCUAUUUUCUCAUGUUUGUGGUUGUGAAAAUAUUUCCGUUUCUUUUAGAAAUAGCUUCUUUGGCUCACUUAUUUAUAAUUGUCGGCGUUAUUAAUACUGUAGGAUUGGCGUUUUUGUACGUGUAUUUGCCGGAAACGUUGGGAAAAACGUUUGAAGAGAUCUCGAAGAAUUUCGAAAACGGCCAAUAAUCCUUAGUUUUGAUUUACCAAAUAUAAUACAGUAUUUUAUUUUUAUGUGAUUAUUUUUAUUGUAUGCAUUUAAUAAAUGUUGGUUUUAUACUU